GAGUGGUGGCUGUGUACAGCAGUGAGGUGGUGGCCCAGGUCGCCUAGCUCGUAGCCACCUUCCCCAACUUAGUUUGCGUCUGGCAUUCGUUGUGCCAGGGUGUCGUUGCUCUGUGUGAUAAUUAACUGUGCUCGCUCUAUCCCUAGGCCUAGUCUGCGCGUUUGGCGCACGUUGUUGACACUGAGUCCCGUGUUUCGUGGGGACAAACCUUGACGAUAUUGAUGUUGUUAAUCGAUUUCCCGCUGAGGUGAAAAGAUAGCCGUGAAUAUUAGGUAUCAGGGAUUAUAUUCACAGUAAGAAGAAAGAAGAAGAAGAAGAAAAAAAAGCUUCAUUUCACGCCCUGGAAGAGGAAGUCGAACUGCGGCGUCUUCCCUAUGUGAAAUUCUCUACAGAAAACCCCUGAACGGAAUUGCAAAUGUCAGCCUUAUACUCUACGGACUCGGCCAGAUGAGAUAUGGCUUCCGUGGAGAGCUACGAGAGAGUGGAAUGGAAUUGGAAAUGUAAACGCUUGAUUAUUUGUUGGCCUACUGCGUUCGUUCAUUGACUGGAUGACCGAUGUACGAUAAGUGAGGUUUGUAUUUCGGGAGAAACCGAGAAUUCCCCCCAGAACAACCCACGUUCAGUGAAUGGCAGACUGACGUUCGAUUGGUGAUUUAUAUUUCAGAAGAAAACGUUGCAAUUUCCCCGACUUGCUGCUCACGUUCGUUUUGUUGGAAGGAUGACUGAUGUACGAUUAAUGAUUUAUACGUAUAAAAUCUAAAAGUCGUUCAUAUUGAGAAACUGACGCAUGCACAGUGAUUUAUCCACCUGGAAAAAACUAGUACUCCUUGACUAGAAGGCUGAUGGACAAUACAUGAUGAAUAUGUAGGAAAAAAUGUAGGAUAAAAGAAAAAAUAACAUCAUUAGUGUGAUGGCUGAUGUACGAUAACAUUAAACAACUCGAUAAGGAAAGCGGAAGGGGAACUUAUACCGCUCUGAGAUAGACAUUACCGACGGACGGUAAAAUUCAUAUGCAAUAACUUUCAAGCGAAGCAUGUCUUUGAUAUCUGGGAGAGCAUCUCUGUUUUGCGUACGAGAUCACACAGCCAUCUGGUGGUUGUAAGCGAGAAAGGGCCUUGGAUUCGGACGAAGCCUGCGAGAGGGUAAUCGAACCGUUUCGGAACUAGGAUGGAACCGGAGACGAAGUCGUCUUCUUCUCCUUCUUUCACCUCUCAGCAGGACCGGCGCUCUGGGCGGGACAGGAGGAAACUAGGAGUCAGCGGCAUGAUCACUAUUCUGCUCUUCGGAUGGACAUCCUUUGCCACGGCCUCCAUUCGACCCAACGUCGUGGCGGAGAUCCCAGGGCUAGAUGUAGGUCCACUCAUAUCCGUGACGAUAGCGAAAGGAGAUACGGCCAGACUGCCUUGUCGCCAUCCAACCCACUCCGACGACACAGUCAGCCUCGUCCUCUGGUACCUCAACCACACCUCCAGACCCUUUCUAAGUUACGACGCCCGGGACAAGAACGACCAGAGCGAGAUCAAGAAGAGCCGCGGAAAGCGAUCUUGCGAGACGACCUUCGGAAGAAAGCUACAAGACAGGAGAAGGAGGAAUAGCGACGAAACAGGAGGAGGAGGAGGAGGAGGAGGAGGAGGAGGAUGUCAGAUAGUGGCUCCUGACCUCGCCUUCGAGGGAGGAGACCGGAACUCCCGAGAACUCUCCGGAUGGCUCAGCGGCGCAGACGGAGGGUUGUACAGCUACUCGGUUCGAGGGCGAGAUCGCACGGGCGGGAAGAAGAGGAGAUCGAGUAGGAUGUCCCUCGAGGGGGGAGGAGGGACGUCUCUCGUGAUCCGCGAAGUCACUCGGAAGGACGAGGCCGAGUAUAGAUGUCGCGUACACUUCCGCUUGUCGCCUACGUGGACGCAGAGACUCCUCCUCACCGUUGCAGAGACGAUCUAUGACGUGGAAUUGACGGAUACCACUGGCAUGCCCUUGGAAGGCCCAAGUGUCGGUCCGCUGGCGGAGGGCGACAGCCUCUCUCUCGCUUGUCAAGCCAAUCAUGGGGAUUCCAAGGUCCUCAGCCUGGACUGGCUUCUGGAGGGAGUCGAGAUAGACACGACCUGGGCCUCUGCUGAGAAGGGCGUGGUGAUUAACCAGCUCACCAUAAGCGGACUGGAACAGAGGCACCGGAAUUCGCGUCUCACGUGUCGCCUUACAACUUCCGACCCGGCGCAUGCGCACAUUUCGGCCAACAUCACCGAUGCCUCUAUUAUCAUCACGAUGUUCUGGUCGCGUCGUGUCAGUCACUGGGAGAAGGUGGCGUCGGAACAACACUUCGCUCGUCAUCUCGCCCGUCAAUCGCAACGACUCCGGGUUGUACACUUGCCUCGCCUCCAAUUCCGAAGGGGACGGACACUCCAAUGCCGUCCAUCUCAAAGUCGCUCAUGCUCCUUACUGCUCAGGGAAUCCACAAAGUCAACUGGUGGUGGCCGCAAACAAGACCAUAAAAUUAUCCUGUCAAAUGGAAGCGGUUCCUAAGGACAUCUCCUUCACUUGGAUGGUGGCGCCUCCACCGCCUAUGCCCAUACCCAAGGCAGUCGACCCCAAGGGCAUGGUCAUACCGGAGAGGGGUGAAAUACCCCAGCAAAUACCGCAUCUCUCGAACGUCCUGAAUUUACCGCCGGGUCAGGCCCUGCCCUCGGACCCUGACUAUAGGAUGACGCACAAUCCCAUGUCCAAGGAGGUACCUCCUUUGCCUCCUUCGUGGCCGAAAGAGGACGACCUUCUCGCUAAGGACUCCCUUCUGCCUCAUCGCGUUGAUCCUUCGUCACCGGUCAAGUCUUACGCCACCAUCACCCCAACAGCUCCGAUUCAAGUCAUUUGCUACGCGAGAAAUCGCGUAGGACGUACACGGGUGCCGUGCACGUAUGCGCUCAACGUGGUCGAGCCUCCAGGUCCUCUGCAGAGUUGCAACAUCACGGGCAUUAGCGAGACGAAGCUGGAGGUCAAAUGCGAUACCCACGCCCACCUACGCAGUACCAACGCCUUAGAUGACGCCGGCCAUAUUCACCACUCGCCAAGCCUAGGAUACGUCAGGUCGCCAGAAGCAAGUUCUAGAGCAAAUCUCGAGGUCUGGACGGGAAAUACCCUUUUGGCCAACGUGAGCAACCCGAGGCCCGAGUUCAAAGUUCGGGGCCUACCCCCCGGGGCCUCCCUCAAACUUAUCCUGUACUCGGCCACGGCGCACACCAGGUCGUCUCCCGUUUACAUGUACGCAAGGACCCCACCAAGAACAACUGUUCAUCUGACAGUGCCCCCAUCGCUGACGGAGGCGCCCAAACCCGAGGAGAAGGCCAAGAGGCCGUCGGCGGACUCGGGCGGCGGAAUGGGCGGGCUAGGGGUGGCGAUAGCGGUACUGGUGGGCGGUGUCGGCCUGAGCAUCUUCAUCCUCGUGGCCGUAAUUAUGCUCAUGAGGAGACGUCAGCGGAGGAGACUGGCCGAGGAGGAGAUCACAUCCGAACACCUGCCCACAGGAGAUUCUAAAGAAAUAUUAGCACUGAAUAUCCCCGUGGCUCCUGCCGAAAGUGAGGUCCCACACAUCGCACUGACCUCCCACACUCCUCCUCCCCCAAAGAUGUUGUCAAGGAGUAGCGAACGACUGUGUCGAGGAAGCAAGGAAUCGCUCAAGAGCUGUGGCCAGAUCAGCCUCCGAGGGGAGAGGGCCAGUUGUAGCAGAGACCGACUGGACAUCGCGGGCAAGGCGUCCCCAAGGGCGAAAUAGCUGGACCGCUCUGUUUUUGUCAUCAUGGAAGCGCUUACUCGACGGCCCCGUACGUCGGGAACCGUGUGAGCUGCAAAAUAAAUCAAUAAACAAGUGCUGUUCUUGGUUGAAUUGUGUGGUAUGGUAGCGUUUUUUUGUGUCUGCUUCAUUUUGAGUGCGAACUUUGGCAUCAUAACACCAGCGAUUACCGAAGCGAGAAACGACAUGAUGUACGUCAACCCAAAGAAUCGUGAGAGCAUAUUCAUCAGUGUAUGUUUGUUGAAACAAAGGAACACUGCCAAGGUGAAGAGAUAUUCAUAGUUUAAUCAGAGGACGGAUUACGAAAGAAUAGUAUAUAUUGAAUUGGAACAAAACAUAACAAUAAUAAAAUGAACUGUGACCCGUUUCUUUUACAUUUUACUCCUUACACAAUCCUGAUUUAUUUGUGCUUAUUCUGUCUGUCAGUCUGUUUACUUGUCUGUCUGUCUGUCUGUCUCUGCUUAGUAAAUUGUGCUUCUCUGAGCCCCUAGAUCUCUUGCCUGUUUCCUAAGCAGAGAAAAAACUCCUUCAUGUGUCUCAUUUGUUGGUGGUGUGAAGGAAACGAGUCCGCCACGUAAAGGACUUUCAAGAACGAGACUGGUGAACGUGAAAGAGAAAAAUAUAAACAAAUAUAAAUAUAUAUUAAUAACCUUUAUAAACAGAACUGAGACGAGAGAUAACUGGGUCCCACCUAACGGAAAACAGUAGAACGAAAAAGGUGAAGUUAAAUUAGUAUUCUUAUUUGCGAGUAUCGUGGGAAGAUUUAAAUUUCUAAUCCCUUUUCUGGGCACUAAAUCGGGGAUACCAAGAUUUUAGGAAUUUUUGAUGGGACUGCUUUGUUUUGGUAUGUGAACUUCUUGUGAUUCCGUAGCAAUAGAAUAUACAUAUUUACUUCUGGAAUUAUAGGGACAACUUUUUGCAUAAGCACACUCGAAGAGUAUUUCAGUUCUGUUUCGAAAACUAUCGGAUCUACUUUUGUCAUGUGCUUGGUGAAUUUCUUUUCGAUAUGGACGACGUGCGUCUCGUUGCAAAGUGUACUUGCUUUCACUGUCUUUCGACGAACGAUAUAACUCCUAAUAAUCCCGUUUCGUGCACAGCCAUACACAAGACACAUGUUACCCGGUCGAGAGUUCGGUGCAAAUGUUUUUUGUUUUUUUGUACGAUAUUCCGUGAGCAUCCAGUAAAAACAAAAGUCGUCUCGUCUCGUGAUGCAUCUAAGUGACAUGAACACUGCUGCAGCUUUAUCGAGGAGUUAUGUCUUAAUGCCUAACAUUUAGGUGAUUUGACAAGCAAGCAGGAUGCAGUGAGGACACGCGUCGCAGGAAUCACACUCGUGUCUCUAGCUUUUAUCUGAGCUGGCGAUUCAAACGAGCACAUACUCAAGUCAUCCGUUUUGUUUUUACUGGUGUUCGCAGCCUUCUUCGGCUCUGUAUCGUCUGGGACAUUUCCUAAAGGACGUUUUGUACAGUUACGAAAGAUCGUUAUUAUCAAAGACACCGGACGUUAAACAUGACGAAGCAACACAGUUUUCACAGUGUGAUUUCCUUGUCAUUUUGACACUGUUUUACUAAGUAUAUUUUGUAAUAAAGUAUUUUGUAUCCUA